UUUUUUCAAUGUCGCCGGCUCCAUGAUUAAGGAGGACUUCUGUGUUCCGCUAGGCUGGAAUGGAUUGUUACCGAUCACGUUGCCAACGGAGCAUAUUUGGAUGGCACGGCGCACUGGGACCUUCUGACACGCAUGGUUUGGAUGGAGCGGCGAACGCUGCCCUCUAUCCCAAAGUUAAAGCGCCGGACAACAUAUAAAGGGUGGGCUUACACCGUCUUAACCAAUUUAACCAAAUUAUUCACCAUGAAGUCAGUUCUCUCCCUCGCUCUUCUUGUAGCUUCUGCUUUCGCCCAGAGCGCUGUAAUCGGAUACCCUCCACAGGGUCUUUCGGUUUCUCCUGGAAGCAGUUUGACUGUUCAGGUAGAGAAACCUAAUUCAUUGUCAGGUUCUGAGGAAGUUGCCGUCGUCAUUGGCAUACAGUCAUGCCCAGGAGCGCCGUGCAUUUCCCCUGCUGAUUACAUGGGUCAAAUACUGUAUAACGGUCCCUUCAACCCACAGUACCACGAGACGUACAACCCCCCGUAUGAAAACUUCACAGUUCAGAUUCCCAGCAGCAUUACCGCCGGAACCGCUCUUAUUGGGGUUGCUCAUAUCAAUCUUAUCGGGGCUGGGUUGUACCCUUCGUUGGAGAUUCUGAACCGCACCAUCACAAUUUCAUGAUAAUUUCAUUGCUAUGGAUUGUUUGGAUAUUGACGCUGUAGUACAGUAUCGCAGAACGAUACAUAGACAUAAUUCGGCUAUACCUGUUUCUGUAAUUCCUACAACCUCCUACGGACCAAGUAUUUUCGCGUACGAACUGUCCUGGUCUCUUUUUGUGUUGUGUGACACAUUUGUGAUGUUUCUUUCCAACCAAGUACUUGCUAGUCUCAUACCGUCACAAGCGAUGCACACGUCCUCAGUGAAACCAUUUUAGAACAAGCACCUUGCU